GUCGUGGGACUGAAUGGGUCCCGGAGCCGGCGGCUGCGGCUCCUCUGUCUCCCCCUGACGCUUGGUGGCCGCUCGGCCGCCGGUCUCGUCUGCCGCUGGGUUACCAGGUUCAUGUGGAGGCUCCCAAGCGCCCGCGCCGCGCUUCGUGGGGUCCGCACGGCGGUGGAGCGCCACAGUCGGGCCGAGGCGGCGACGGAGACCGGGACGGGCUCGAUGGAGCGCGCUGUAGUGCGCUGUGUGCCCUCGGAGCCUAAGCUAAGCCUGUCGUUCGCGCUAGCCGACGGCAGCCACAAGAACAUGCAGCGCGACCAGAGCGAGCCGCUGGGUCGGGUCCUCAGCCGAAUCGCUACCAACGCCCUCAAAGGCCACGCUAAGGCGGCCGCCGCCAAGAAGAGCAGGAAGAACCGGCCAAACGCAAGCGGCGGCGUGGCCUGUGCGGGGCCUGGGUCCGAGCCGGCUGCAGCCUGCGAGCCGGUGGUGAAGCUGUACUACCGGGAGGAGGCAGUGGCUGAAGACGUGCUCAAUGUGGACGCCUGGCAGGAUGGCGCGGUGCUGCAGAUUGGCGACGUCAAAUACAAGGUGGAGCGCAACCCGCCCGCCUUCACCGAGCUGCAGUUGCCACGCUACAUCAUGGCCGGCUUCCCGGUGUGCCCCAAGCUCAGCCUGGAAUUUGGAGAUCCCGCCAGCUCCCUCUUCCGCUGGUACAAGGAAGCCAAACCCGGAGCGGCGGAGCCUGAGGGCGGGGGCCCCUCGUCAUUGUCUCCCUCUUCUUCCUCUCCUGGUUGGACGGAGACGGGUGUGGACGAGCGCGUCUACACGCCGUCCAAUGCCGACAUCGGGCUACGGCUCAAGCUUCAUUGCACCCCAGGCAAUGGGCAGCGCUUUGGGCCGAGCCGAGAGUUGGAAAGUGUGUGUCUAGUGGAGGCCGGGCCCGGCACCUGCACCUUUGACCACCGGCAUCUCUACACCAAGAAGGUGACGGACGACGCUCUCAUCCGGACUGUCUCCUACAACAUCCUGGCCGACACGUACGCCCAGACGGAGUUCUCCCGGACGGUCCUUUACCCGUACUGUGCCCCUUACGCUUUGGAGCUCGACUACCGCCAGAACCUCAUCCAGAAGGAACUCACGGGCUACAAUGCCGACCUCAUCUGUUUGCAAGAGGUUGACCGCAACGUGUUUACAGACAGUUUGGUACCGGCCCUCGAGGCCUUUGGGCUGGAGGGCGUGUUUAGAAUCAAGCAGCACGAGGGCCUGGCCACUUUCUACCGAAAGUCCAAGUUCAGCCUCCUUAGCCAGCAUGACAUUUCUUUCCAUGAAGCCCUGGAGUCCGACCCGCUUCACAAAGAACUACUGGAGAAACUAGUUUUGUACCCAUCGGCGCAGGAGAGGGUGCUCCAGAGAUCAUCUGUCCUUCAGGUUUCAGUUCUUCAGUCGAGACAGGACUCUUCUAAAAAGAUAUGUGUUGCUAAUACCCAUCUCUACUGGCAUCCCAAAGGUGGGUACAUUCGUCUCAUUCAAAUGGCAGUAGCCUUGGCUCACAUUAGACAUGUCUCAUGUGAUCUGUAUCCUGGCAUACCAGUUAUAUUUUGUGGGGACUUUAAUAGUACCCCAUCAACGGGAAUGUAUCAUUUUGUCAUCAAUGGCAGCAUUCCAGAGGAUCAUGAAGACUGGGCUUCCAAUGGGGAAGAAGAACGAUGCAACAUGUCUCUUGCCCAUUUCUUCAAACUGAAAAGUGCUUGUGGUGAACCUGCUUACACGAAUUAUGUUGGUGGCUUUCACGGAUGUCUGGAUUACAUUUUCAUUGACUUAAAUGCUUUAGAGGUUGAACAGGUGAUUCCCUUACCUAGUCACGAAGAAGUUACCACCCACCAGGCCUUACCCAGUGUUUCCCAUCCCUCAGAUCACAUAGCACUUGUAUGUGAUUUAAAAUGGAAGUAGAUUUGUGUUUAAUGGAAUUUGUCAGUUUUAGUAGGAAACUUCAUAUGAAUCAAAGCUUCUGUGUAACCUUCAAAGAGGAAAACAAGAGACUAAGGUAAAGUGAUCCUAACCUACUAGUUAUGUUCCAGUGUCUUCAUUACAUGACUGUUUAUAAUGUUUGCAUAAUAGAGUUCUCUACCCUUUUUUUCCCCUACACUUGGAGGAAAAACAAAUAUAUUUAUGACUGGCAGGAAGAACGUUGAAUUAUUGUGUAUGUUUUAUAAGUACUUUUUUUUUUAGCUAGUAAUUAAGAAUUUUGUAAAAAACAAUUUGAAUGAUGCUGUAGUUUUUCUAUCAUAACACACAUUUCAAAUUGAAUCAUGUUUAUAUAAUUAGGGGAAAAUGCAUACACGUUAAGGUGAGAGGCUGAAGUUCCGACACAUGGAAGGCUGACAUUAGGGUCUACUUCUACCUCAAUUUGCUUAGUAAUUUAAUAGAACUUUUGGAGCUUUAACAGAAGUUUAAAAUAUACCAUCAUCCAUUGUUAUUGCUUCUCAUUUUUCAUUUUUCAAUUAACAUAAGGUAUUUUCAUUCAUUUAUUUUUAGGAUUUUAGUUUUUCAUGAUGUUACAAAUGGACAUAUUUGUAUUGUCAUUCUUAAUUGCAGCUCAUUUUAACUUUUAGGAUGUAAGCACAAUUUCGUAUUCAAAGUGAAUAGCAACAUAGUCAACUUGAUCCCAUUGUCUUUAAUUACUCUUGCCCAUGAAAAAUGUUCAUAAAUCAACAGGGUAUUUGACCAUAUGAUAGAGAAUAAAGCACAAUGUGUUACUUUAUGAGAAACUGCGUACUGAUACGGGCUUGAAAUUUUGGAUUUACCAUUGAGCAUUUCUAUGCUAGCAAUAUUUUCAAAAUUGUUGGUUUUUAUAAAUAGGAGAAAGAGGAGUAGUGGAGCUUUUGACAUAAACUAUUCUUUUUGUAGACUUGAGCGUUAUAGUUUGAGUUACAGGAAAACGUUGUAUAUAUAAUUUAUAUACUGUAAAAAUUUAAAUAUGAAGCCAAACUUUUUAAAAUUAGAAGUUAAAGAGUUACUGAUUAGUGUCCUACCCAGCAAGUUUUUCUGAUUCACUUGUCACCAUACCUUAUUUGCAAUGCUUUAGCUGUUGCUUUUUUGAUGUUCAGGAUAGCCAUAAUGUUAUGUCAUACUUCUGCAUUUCAUUUAAUUUCUAGCUUAGAUAUUAAAAGCCUACCCACUUCAAGAA